AUGCAAUGGCCCAUUGACUUAGUGGGUCCCAUGCCACGGCUCUUGCCAAGAAGGAUGAUGAUCAUGUUGUUGAUCACCAACAACGGAUCACAAUUCAUUGGCAAGCAGCUCGCCGAAUUCUUUGUGACGUAUGGUAUAAAACAACACUUAUCAACUCCAAAAUAUCCACAAGGCAAUGGUCAAGUGGAGGUCUCCAACAAGAUCGUGCUAGACUGUCUGAAAAAGAGAUUGGAAGGCACUAAGGGAAAAUGGGCAAACGAGCUACUCGGAGUAUUAUGGGCUUAUCGCACCACCAAAAGGAGAUUAACUAGCGAAACCCCAUUCUCUUUAGCCUUCGGAACCGAAGCAAUCAUUUAUCCUCAUAUCACUUUUCUAUCCUUGAGCAUCGAGGUAGGCAGCAUUUAUCAGAAUUCUAAGCAGAUGAAGACUAACCUUGACCUGCUCAAAGAAGAACGAGAAAAGACUAUUGUUUCAGUUGCAACUUAUUAG